AUGGAUAUUGUUUUAGAAACUUUGGAUUAUUAUGUAUUAGAUUAUACAUAUGCAAAACUUUUACCAAAAGAUGUAUCAACAAAUUAUUUAUCAUCAAUUUUAAAUAAUUCAACAAUUGUUCAAAAUUUAUUAGAAAAUGAUCAAUAUAAAUUAAUCAAUGAUUUUACAAAUCAAUUUACAAAUCAAUUAACUUCAGGAGAUAAAGAUGUUUAUGGGAAUAUUCCACAAUGGUUUGAUACAACUAUUUAUACAUCAUCAUCAAUCUUACCAAGAUCAAGUAUGAUAAGACAAUCAAUUAGUGUUUUCUUUAUCUUAUGGGUUUUUGGACUUUUAUUAUAUUUAGGUACUGCAACAUUUAGUUAUAUUUUCAUAUUUGAUAAAAAAGUUUUCAAUCAUCCAAGAUAUUUAAAAAAUCAAGUUUCUUUAGAAAUAAAACAAGCUUUAGGUGCAAUUCCAAUAAUGGCUGCAUUAACAGUUCCAUGGUUUUUAUUAGAACUCAAAGGUUAUUCAAAAUUAUAUUGGGAUAUAAAUGAUGCAAAUGGUGGUAUGAAAUCAAUUUGGUUACAAUAUCCAUGUUUUAUAAUGUUUACAGAUUUUUUAUUAUAUUUAACUCAUAGAUGGUUACAUUGGCCUAAAGUUUACAAAAUGUUACAUAAACCACAUCAUAAAUGGUUAGUUACAACUCCAUUUGCAUCGCAUGCAUUCCAUCCAAUUGAUGGAUAUUUCCAAUCAUUACCUUAUCAUAUUUAUCCAUUUUUAUUCCCAUUACAUAAGGCAAAUUAUCUUUUAUUAUUUACAUUUGUUAGUAUUUGGUCUGUUUUAAUUCAUGAUGGUGAAUAUGUUUCAAAUAAUCCUGUGAUUAAUGGUGCUGCAUGUCAUACGGUGCAUCAUUUAUAUUUUAAUUAUAAUUAUGGUCAAUUUACUACUUUAUGGGAUAGAAUUGGAUUUUCUUAUAGAAAACCUGAAUUUGAAUUAUUUGAUAAAAAGACAAAACAUUCAAAAGAAACUUGGGAUUCUCAAAUUUCCAAGAUGGAACGUAUAAAAGAAAUUGUGGAAGGUGAUGAAGAUGAUAGAAUUUAUAUCUCUGAUGUAAAUACCAAAAAACAUAAAUAG